AUGGCACACCUGCGUAGGGCUAGUUCGUCGACAUCCCUCGUUCUGACGGCGAUGCCACCACAACUUGACGGCACAUCUGAGCAGCGAAAGGCCAAGAAGAACAAGAAGGCGAAACAGAAAAAGAAAGCGAAAAACGUGGCUCAGGCACAAAAUCGCAACCAGACUGACGACGCCAAAGACGCCUAUCCCGCUACUGAUAUCCCGGACAAUACGAACGUCUCAACGUCCAGCGAUAAGGCCGUGGCUGCUCCUCUCAUUGUCCACGGGGAGUCGCUGAGAGAUCGCGGGUGCAAUGGCCUGACAAAUGGCCAGCAGUAUCUCCAUGGAUCCAUCGGUGACACCGGUGGCAAGCAGGACGUCUCAUCGGAAACUACUACUAUCCGCGCGAUGAGCAUCCAAGGCGAGGGGGGCGGUGUCGAAGAAGAGCAGCCUACUAUUGUAGACGAUGAGCCCAGGAUCCCGACGGCUGUGCCUGCCCCCCAAGAUGGUCAUGUUGUUGUGUGCAUCACCUGGGAGAUUGCUGACGACGAUGGCCAUGAGGAAGAAAUUCCAAACAACCCUAGCGACAAGCCCGAUAUUGAAGACCAGAGUCCGGACUGCGACGACGAAGAAGUUUCAAACAUCGAGCACAAGGAGGUAGGAGGUGAUUCGGGAGAUAAUAAUAGAGACCAGUCGAAUAGACACAUCAACGAUCCUGAGGUGGAGAGCAAGGAACUGGAAAGCGACAACGGGGAAGUGCUGAAUACUUUUGACCAGCCCCCAACGGAUGAGAAUGAGAAAGCUAACGAAGCUCCUUCAGAAAUGCCGAAUCUGUUGCUGUCGCAAAACAACAUUGCCCUAGCGAGUGAGACACGUGAAGUGCCACUUCCUGUCCACUUACUUGGCCGACUUGAGCGUAGCGAAUAUUGUGACUCUUGCGUCAUUCUGAGGUCGACUAGAGACAACUUCUUGCCGAUCGAGUUUCCUGUACACAAGCUUGUGGUCACUCGGAGUCCGCUUGUCGCCACCAUCUUCAACUCUCACGGCCAUUUGGAUAGGAACGAGAUCAUUGCUGUUGCCGGCGAUAACUUCGGUAUGAUAAAGGGAUUUGAACUUGCACUUCGAUUCCUCUACGGCCUGCCCCUCCUUACCAUGGGGCGGCUUAGAGCUGUAACACUUUCGUCGUUUGGGUAUGCUGAAGACACCAAAGAAGUACUACAUUUCCCCAUCCCCGCAGCCAUGGUUGAUCUCGCUUUAUGCUAUGCUACUUCUGGCCUAUUCUUUCAGCUGCACACCGUCGUUGAAACCGGGUUCAGGUUGGCUGCUGAUCUGGUUGGCUGGGACACAGUCGAAGUCAUCUUAUUCUUUAGCCUUCACGUAACCAAAUUCGCCGUCAAAUUGGAUACCAGCUUCAUUCCUUGCAAUGGUGGCGAGGCGUUUGAAAGAGAUCAGAGGACGUAUGUCGAUAGUCAGAGCGUAACUCAGGAGCUUCAGGAGGUGUGGGCACCACGGCUGAUUCAUGCAGUAUUGGGGUUCAUUUGCAACUAUGUGAAUGCCAAUGAAUUUAGCUUAUUUGUUCAAGCACAGAGCACAAGUUUGCCAGAUCGUAUCCCAGAGCACUUGCGAUCCCUCCCUGGAUCGAUUCUGACCAACCCCCGGUUGGCCAGGCUGAAGUUUGGAUCAUUUGCAUCUAUCAACGAACACAAGCCAGCCAGAGAGGUUGUAAUUGCGUCAGCUAUCUUGAUGAACCUCCCGUUCAAGCAGCUAAAAGAAGCCUUUGAGAUAAUGGCGGCACGACGCGUCCUAUCAAGCCCUCUUGCUCACUCUAUUGUCACCGCACGUGAGAUACGCCGACUGCAAGCUCUCCGCGUUCUCGCCACGCACAGCAACGACACUAUGAACGAAAGUUCGGCUGAGGUCCAGGAACUAGGAUAUCGCGAGUACCUUACUUCUAACGGGGCUUCCUGGGAUAUGCAGGCUCCACCAACAAAACCCACAGAGAUCAAAUUGAAGCGGGAGUGGAUGGGGCUCGCUGUAGUUCAAAUCACCGUUGCUCAGCACCAUAUUACCUCCUAA